CUACUUCAUUAAUUCAUUCAUAACACAAUCUUUUUUUUAGUGCAACAUACAUAUUUAUUAAAACGUUAAUCAACCAACUUAAUGGCUGUAAUACGUUGAGUAAAAGAAAAUGGGAAAAUAUAUCGCGAAUACAUUACAGAACAGGAAAAACUCUUUUUUUAUAACAAUUCUAAAAAAUAAUUACUUUGACUUCUUACCCCAAGAUCGCCAGGAUAUCUUCGUUUAAGCCUUCUUCUGGUCAUUUCUCAAUGUCAACCAACACUUAGUUGCCAGGGUGAGCCUGCCGUUGGUUUGAGCAGCCAGUUGAGAUUCCUUUGGUUAGCACGACACUGCUAUUUUCAGGUUUUUAGGUGAGCCGCUUAAAUUAGAAAUCACACAGGAUAUCUUUUCGUUAGUCUUCUUCUUGGUUUCCUUCCCUUAAACUUUUAACUUUGUAAAAUUUGUCAAGUCAACUGUACAGAUUCCGUGUAGCAUUGCAAUGCAAUAACAGGAUCCAAAUUUGCUGUCUUGUUCUUGAGACUCCGUAGGAUCAUCAUGCAAAUCGCCAGUUCUGUCACUCUAUCCAAUAAAGCCAUGGUUGGGGGCACUGUGAAGAGGACACCAGCAGUAGAACCCACCUUCGAGAUCACCCAGCUGAACAGCUCCAAACUGUCCACCAACCGGGGCGUUCAGCUGCCGCCGCUGAUGAUGAAGGGUCUGGUCCGUCCGGAUCAGGUGGAGAACGCCAGAUUCCGGGUAGUCCAGGCCGAUCGUCGUCCCGUCAGCGAUCAGCACUUCAACGCGCUGAUAAAGCGGCUGGUCAAGUGCUUCAUGUCGGAGGUGGAGAUCACAAAGCGGCUACGGAAGGUUACCUUCAAGCGGCCCAUCAAUUCGGAGGAGUUGCAGCUCAUCCGGCACCUGGAGGCCCUGCGUCGGAACUACGAGACGGAGCGAUCCGUUUUGGUGGUGAAGCUCAGUCUGGACAGCCGAUUUAAUCUGUGUGCUCCUCAUGCCGCUCCUCUUGCGGACGCCCAGCCAAGCAAGUCCAGAAAAUCACGGAAGACCAAUCCUCCAGCAACUCCUACAAGGAGCGACAAAGCUGUACAAAAAAACACGAGUCGCAAAAUCGAGCAGGACAUUCGAACAAGGCAACGCCAAAGUGGAGGGUCCCUUCCCAAAGGGUCGAUCACGAGCGCCAUAGUGUGCAACCAGAUCGCAACUCCUGGAAAUCUGACCAAGCGACUCAGGGAGAAGCUCCACAGAUUGCAGGAAACCUUUGCAUCUUAUUUGGAACGUCCCCAAGCUCAAGAAUCCCCUCCUUCUCACAACAGAUUGGUGUCAGUCAACAACGAUCUAUCUGCUCAAGUGUCGCCGAGUUCGUCUGACGUAUUCUACGACUUUCCAGAUAUAGUUGAAUUUUAAAAGCGAAAUAUGAUAAUAUUUUCCUCUGCCAA